AUGUUAAAAAUCUUAGCCCCAACAAUUAUAUUAUUCCCAACAAUUUGAUUAACACCCCGAAAAUGAUUAUGAACAACCACCACAGCACAGAGUCUUUUUAUUGCUUUUAUUAGCCUAACCUGAUUAAAAUGAACGUCUGAAGCUGGAUGAACAUGCUCUAACCCAUAUUUAGCCACAGACCCACUAUCAACACCACUGCUUGUCCUCACAUGCUGAUUAUUACCGCUCAUAAUUUUAGCCAGCCAAAACCAUAUAAACCCAGAACCAAUUAACCGCCAACGAUCUUAUAUCACACUCCUUGCCCUUCUACAAACCUUCUUAAUCAUAGCAUUUGGAGCCACGGAAAUCCUUAUAUUUUAUAUUAUAUUUGAAGCUACACUUAUCCCAACCCUAAUUAUUAUCACCCGAUGAGGUAAUCAGGUUGAACGACUAAACGCUGGAACUUACUUCUUAUUUUACACCCUAGCAGGAUCUUUACCACUCCUAAUUGCUCUACUAACACUUCAAACUACCUCAGGAACACUAUCCAUGUUAAUUCUCCAAUACCCAGAAUCAUCACAACUUGAUUCUUGAGGUAAUACACUCUGAUGAGCCGGCUGCUUAAUCGCAUUUCUAGUUAAAAUACCACUCUAUGGCGUACACCUGUGAUUACCAAAAGCACACGUAGAAGCCCCUGUGGCAGGAUCUAUAGUUCUAGCAGCAGUAUUACUAAAACUAGGCGGAUAUGGAAUAAUGCGUGUAAUAGUCAUAUUAAAUCCACCACCUCAAGAACUAACAUACCCGUUUAUCAUCUUAGCCCUUUGAGGAAUCAUUAUAACAGGAUCCAUCUGCCUCCGGCAAACCGAUUUAAAAUUAUUAAUCGCUUACUCAUCUGUUAGUCAUAUAGGACUAGUAGCGGCAGGAAUUUUAACCCAAACUUCAUGAGGAUUUUCAGGAGCGAUUAUCCUAAUAAUUGCUCACGGACUAGUAUCCUCAGCAUUAUUCUGCCUGGCUAAUUCAGCCUAUGAACGAACCCACAGCCGAACAAUAAUGCUAGCCCGAGGACUACAAGCAAUUUUCCCACUUGCCGCAACCUGAUGAUUUAUCGCCAACCUAGCUAACUUAGCACUACCCCCCCUACCCAACCUGAUAGGAGAGCUUAUAAUCAUCGUAACAAUAUUCAACUGAUCCCCAUGAACAAUUUUACUUACAGGCCUAGGCACAUUAAUUACAGCUGGAUAUUCCCUAUACAUAUUCCUCAUGUCACAGCGAGGUCAAACCCCAAAUCAUAUCAUAGGACUUCAACCCUACCACACCCGAGAACACCUACUAAUAGUUUUACAUCUGGCCCCAGUAAUCUUAAUAGUGGUAAAACCAGAGCUUAUAUUAGGAUGAUGCUACU